AUGAUCAUCCUGUUUUCUGUUUCCGACCCGUUCAAAGAAGCGGCCCUCUAUGGCUAUGUGGCUGCCACGGUGACUUGCACCACUUUGUCGGCAAACGCCGCAACUGGACGCAGUAACUGUGGCACUCGGCCACAGCCGCCACCGCCUUCUCCUCGUCCUCCUCCGCCUCCUCCUCCUCCUACUACUACUCCUUUUCGGUCGUCCGUCAGUCCGUGCGGUAGUACGGUUCUCUCCGUUGAUACGGUGUCGCGGCAUAACGUUCUCGUCGUCGGCCCAGAACUGAGCCUGAGCAUCACAUCGCACAUUGGCACCCACCCGUCAGCCGUCACCACUCAACCGCCGACCACCGCCUCCCCCCUCUACCCGUCCGCCAUGGAGCAGCGCAGCACUGCCAGUGACGGUAGGUGA